CCUUGGUGUCGUAUACACACGCACCCGUAACCUUCUCGUCUCACUCUGCACUGUGCUACCGUGAGAGCAGGACGGACCUUUCCAGGCCUCUGGUUUGUAUGCUGAAUGAGAAACAAACACCAAUAAACUCCUAAACUCCUGUGUUCGUUCUGACUGAGAAGAGCGCCCGGCUUUACACAUAUAUGGUACAAUAUGUAGUGGUAAUGCUGCUAAGUAACGGACUGCGUUCCGUAUAUAUUGCUACCGGUAUUCCGUAGCUUAUAUUGACUCAUAUCCAGGUCUUUGUACACGCUGAUGGUUGGUUGUUAGGUCAGUCCAUGCAUGCUGAUUAAGUUCUAACUGCUGUUCUUACUUCCAAUGGAAUCGUAAGUUACCUACGUGUGCUUUAAACUGUAGAAGUGAGGUUGGGUAAAAUCACAACGAAGUGAAAUUGACAGGCUAUGCCACAUAUCGCUUAACAUGGAAGCCAUCUUUUCUCAAAACAGGAACAUGUGAAUGGUUCAGGUGAGAAGUGUUCGUAAUGGAGGAAGAAAUAGUAAGAUAUACAACCUUUGCAGCAUUUCCACAAUCAUGUCCCAUUACUCCUUCACAAUUAUCUGCAGCCGGAUUGCAUUACGAAGGGAAUGAAGAUGAGGUUGUUUGUCACAACUGUGGACUCAAGAACAAAAACUGGCAGAAGGAAGAUAACCCUCUUACUUUGCACCAACAACGAUCACCAGCAUGCGAUGUAGUUUGCAAUCUGAAUGAAAAUUCAAGUGUUGAAGAAAUUAACCAUCGCGACGACGAUGUUGACACGAGAAACGUCCAUGUGAAUAUACGGUCAUUGACAUCAGAGUCAGGGAAGUCCAUUGAACGACCAUGUUAUCCUUUAUAUACAUCUGUCAACUUGCGACUGCAUUCGUUCAAUGGAUGGCAAUAUACGUCCCUAACUAAUCCAACUGAUCUCGCUAACGCUGGAUUCUUUUAUACAGGUUCCACUGAUCGUGUGAGCUGUUUCCAAUGCGGAGGAUUAUUAUAUGAAUUGACGCAGGAGGAUGACCCUUUCAUUGAGCAUGCUCGUUAUUUCCCGUCCUGUCCGUUUGUAAAACAAUGCAAAAAUGAACGACCUAAAACGAAAGUCGUUAAAACAGCCGGUAUAAAGCAUGGUGAUUUCCUGAGAUUCGAAAAUAGCGAUGAAAUGGACUGGUUUGACCAUCCGGCUGUGCUUAGUAUAAUGGAGAUGGGCUACAGUAAAACAUGUCUGACCAAAGCGAUUAGACUUUUUCUAAAGUGCAAUAUUACCCUAGGAAUGGAUUUCUGUGCUGCAAAUCUAUUGUCGGUUAUCUUUGAAAUCGAGGACAAUGACGUGGCGGACCCCGAUCGAGUAGAUGAAAUUAUGGAACAGAAUGGGACAAACGUACGGACAUCGAGUGAUCACCAUGACACCGAUAUCCCAGGAGAUAGCGAGGAUUUGUUUCAGCACCCAGCUGUCCAAGGUGUCAUGUUGGUUGGGAACUACAGUAACGAACAAAUCUUGGAGGCCAUCGCCUUACUUAAAUCCAAACCUGAAGCUGAUUUCACAGCCAAACAAAUAAUGGAAUGUCUGCUUCACAAAGAGAAAGAAGCGGAGCAGAAAAAGAAAGAUGAUGAAAAGAAAAGGAGGAUAGAAGCCGAAGUGGAAGAAUUGCGGAGGCGAACGAAAUGCAAAGUGUGCUGGGAGAAUAACUUAGAAAUGGUAUUUCAUCCUUGUUUCCAUGUAUGUGCCUGUGCUGAUUGUGCAAAGAAGCUAGAGAAAUGCCCAAUUUGUCGGAAGCAUGUGGAAGCAAAACACAAAGCAUUUGUUAACGGAAAAAUAUUCAUGGAAAGCGAAUUAUCGAGGCUCGCCAGUUUUUUCUCCUUUCCUUUCAAUUCCCCAGUUUCCCCAACAGAUUUAGCAAAAGCAGGUUUUUAUUAUGAAGGUAAUAGAGACGAAGUAAUUUGUUGUAAAUGUUCAUUUAAAUACCGCUGUUGGCAGAAGGGAGAUGUCCCGUUUCUUGUACAUUCAACAAAGUCACCAAAUUGUCCCCUUGUCAGAAGUGACAAUCGCGAUACAUCUGCCACCGGAAAAGUCCAUGAUAGUUUGAGUACUCUAUUCGAAUCAGUUUCGAUUUCGUCCAACUCCGGAGCCGCGGGUGGCCAUGAAGACUCCCAAAAUAAUGUACCUAGGAACCUACAGCAGGCAACAUUUGAAGCAACACUCCCCGCAUCCCCAGAUAUCGCUCCAAACAGAGCACCAGAUAUACCACUCCCCGCAUCCCCAGAUAUCACUCCAAACAGAGCACCAGAUAUACCACUCCCUAUUGUGAGUACAGACCAGCCGAAUGUUGAAGGAGGAAGUCCCACUGCUGUUACUAACAACAGUAUGAGGAACAGGAGCGUACCAGACGAAAGAUCAGCCAUAUCAAGAGUUAGAAAUGAGCAAAGUCAACAGGCGGGUACCAUCACCAGUACAACACCUCAAAAUAUCAAAGAAAGCCUCGAUGAGGACAGGUCCAUGUCCAUUACAACGUCACAUGAUAUACCGGGUAAUGAACGGGAAGAUAAGCUGAUGAUGGAACCGUUAGGAGUCACAGAAACUCAACCCAAAUACCAACAAUUCGCCAUUUUGGCUACACGAUUGACAACAUAUAAGUCAUGGCCAAGCAAUUUGAACCAACGCCCAGAACAGCUAGCAAAAUGCGGCCUAUUCUACGAAGGAAGUCAUGACUACGUGCGAUGUUUCCACUGUGCUGGAGGUUUAAGAGAAUGGGAGCCACAAGAUGACCCCUGGAUCGAACAUGCUCGAUGGUUCCCUUUCUGCACAUUUAUGCGCCAGCUAAAAGGGGAUAGAUUCAUUAUGGAUGUCCAGUCGGGGAAGAUAACUUCUCAAUUACAGGGUGCCUCAGCAAUGACAAGCAAACAAGGGAAUGUUUCUGCCUCAGCAAUGGCGAGCAAACAAGAGGAUGUUCCUGGAGUCAGCAUGGACCAUCCAGCGUUUCUCAGUGUUAUGGAUAUGGGAUAUACGCAGGAGAUGGUAACCAAGGCGAUCUCUUCUCUGAGGAAACAGAAAGAUAAAACCUUGACAGCUGAAAACUUACUCCAAGUCGUCUGGGACAUAGAAGAAUCGGGAGAAACCCUUGAAGAAGAAGACAAGGAAAUAAAUGAUGAUACCGUCAACACUUCAACGCAGCCAAUACCUCACAACAGUAACAGCGACACCACCAAACCAGAGCCGGUCCACCAACAGCCCACCACCACAGAUCUGGAAAGUCUUGUUAAUGAGAAUCGGGAACUUCGAGAGCAGAAAGCAUGCAAGGUGUGUCUUGACGAGGAGGCUAGUAUAGUAUUUUUGCCAUGUGGUCACUUGGUCACGUGUCCAAUGUGUUCCUCGGCCUUACGUAAGUGUCCAGUUUGUCGGAGUUACAUCAGAGGCACGGUCAAAGCUAUCAUAUCGUAAGGAGAAAAACUCACAACAUGAUGCGUCUCUCAACCUUUUCUUUUUUACGUACACGAAACAGAACAAUAUGGCAAUAAAUUCACUAUAUCAUACCUCAUAAAGAAAAUCAAACGAUACCUAAUUCUGGAGACAUUUUGAAAAUGAACUUUUAUUGGUUGUGAAAAAAAAAGAAAAAAGGAAAUGAUAUCUCGAAAUGUUGAUCAAUGUUUGUCAAACUUACUUAGAAUUUCAUUAUUAGGAUACCAAUGUUGAAAACACUGACAUGAGUAGCGGUAUAACUAAGAUCACUUGUUUGAGACUACCGUGGACGCAUGACAAAGAAAUGACACACUAUUAAGUAACUGUUAAGUGAUUUAUCUACCGGAACAACUUAUUCUCAUUGGAAUUUUUCUCUGUGUAAAUCUUUCCUUUGUUCAUAUUUGCGUUUGUUUUUUAUUUAUUCACAUUAAAAAAUGACAGUAGAAUACAAUACAAUAAGUGUUAACAAAACCAUAACUUGAACUCAGCAUCGAUAAAAGCAAGACUAAAUUUGAACAGACAGAACAUUUACACAGAUACCUUCGAAAAAGUACAAGGAGAAUAAGACCAGGUGUUCCGGUAGGGUAAGCGUACUCUGCUUUAUCGACGACUCCCGUCAUGUCAAUCUAGGUUUUAAUCCAAGUUAUGGCACGUCCUCAUAACGAAAAUAAAAAAUAAAUAAAGAAAUAGCAUAUUUCCCGCCGAUAAUAUCAUGAUGGCCACUGGAAAACUUGUUCGUAAUCUUCAUCAACCUGUAUCUUUGGAAAUUAUUGUAAGUAAGUCCGUCAGCUAUCGACAAAUAUAAUGUAAUAUGAUAUGCUAUCUAAAAUAUAACGUCGCCCCAUACCAUACACCCAGUGCAUUAUAUAUAUAUAUAUAUUCUGUUAACCGUUACGUUUAAGUAAACCCAACUGUGAUAUAUUCCUGAUAUUUGAUGUCGGAUGUUAUGAUAUUUAAUUAUAAAAUAUAUUGAUGAGCUAUUUUAUGAUAUGUUGAUUGAGAAUAUGUUGAAAGAGGCAACAUCCUCUCACACUUUUAUUCAUUAAACGGUACCUACGUUCUAAUAAAUGAGAUCUCAUUAUA